CAGUCGCACUUAAGUGUAUUUUUAUUGAAAUAAUAAAAUAAACAUGUCGCUAACGAAUUAUUAUUCAAUGAUGGGGCUCCAUACCGAGGAGCCGUACGGUGCACAUUUCAUCCCGGGAGGCUUUCAGGGUCCGACGGCCGGCUGCGCCAAGCCAACCCGGGGAGCGGAGGAGGAGGAGGGGACUCCUUCCACACACAUUCCGGAUUUUUCAAAUUUUUCCAACAAACAAACGAGCUUAAACGGCUUUUCUCCGUGGACAAACACUUCCACGCCCUCCUCACCGUCUGCUUCGCAGCUGCAGUCCGCCUCCGGCGCCUCCAUCCCCGGCCUUUUCCAUCCACAUCACCUCCUGAGCCACCACCAUCCGUACUACGGCCCGCAGGCGCAGACCCACGCGGAACACUUCGCGUCCUCGACCGCUUCGGAGAGUAGGUUCGUCCGCUGCUGGGAGGGAGCGACUCCCAGCUCAGAGACCGCUCUGUCACAAGCCUCGGCUUCUUUUCCCGGGUGUCUCCCCGCUCAGGGUGACCUCUCCAAUCCGAGCCCGAGGUAUGAGGCGGUUAAACCCGAGAGCUCUUCGCCGUCACACGACAGCCCCGGGGAUUCCAGCUUCGUCAGCCAGACUGAGGUGGUCCUCGAACGACUUGGCACCGUGGAGGACCUGGGAAGAAAACCUGAGUCCAAGACAGAGGACGAGGAGAGGAAAACACAGCAGCAGCCGGACACGGAAAACCCAUCAGCUAGUUGGAUCCACGCCAAGUCGACCCGGAAGAAGAGGUGUCCAUACACCAAACACCAGACCCUGGAGCUGGAGAAGGAGUUUCUCUACAACAUGUAUCUGACCAGGGACCGGCGUCUGGAGGUGGCAGCGCUCUUAAAUCUGACAGAGAGACAGGUCAAAAUCUGGUUCCAGAACAGACGGAUGAAGAUGAAGAAGCUGAUGAUCCGGGAGAGGAGGAGUAUGAAUGAAUGAUGGAUUAAGAGGGUGGCUGCUUUUUUUUCUAAGACAGGUGAGGAGAUGGCGAGGUUAUAACUGAUAAAAGAAACGCAGUGCUCCAAGAUGCGCAACAUCUUUAACAUAAGCUGGCGUGAUCAGCUGUUACUGAGCAAUGGACUGGGGCUAACAUGGCCGCCUCGGAAAGCUGCAGCGGGGAGACUGCGGGGGAGACCGGGAUGUGUUGUAACACUAAAAAAUAUUCUGUCAGUCUUUUGUCCUGUUCAUGUUAGGUUUUCUGAACUCUGCUGUAGAAUUCUUUCAUCUGCAUGUUACAAACUGAACCUCUAACCUGGGGUAGGUGUAAAUAACGCCAACACAAAUAGGGAGAUCCAUGAACUUCAUCAGAAAACAGACUAGCUGAUGUCAAAGCUGUGGCUCAUUUCAAAACAUAGGGUUGUAUAACACUUGACACAUGCUUGACUUCGCAUAAAGUGUCUGUACUUUGUGCCAAAAUGCGAAUUGUGUUUUAUGAUUUGCAGUUGAAAAAACACCAGAUGAGACUGCACUACACAGCAGCUAUAAUGGAUUCAUCUCAUGAGGAAUCUGAUUUC